UUUGGCGGCAAAACAAAUAGAAAGCAUUUUCGACGAAGUUACAUAAAAUAAAUAAAAAUGAGUUUAUGGGUAGACAAACAUCGUCCAAAGGACCUAAUGAAACUUGAAAUUCACAAACAAAUAUCAACAAAUUUAAAAAACUUAGUGCAUAAAGGUGAUUUUCCACAUUUAUUAGUUUACGGUCCAUCAGGUGCUGGUAAAAAAACUCGUGUUAUGUGUUUGUUACGAGAAUUAUAUGGUACGGGUGUUGAACGUCUUCGAAUGGAAAAUAUGAAUUUUACAACACCAUCGAAUAAAAAAUUAUCGAUAGCUACAAUCAGCAGUAAUUAUCAUAUCGAAGUGAAUCCUUCGGAUGUUGGAAUCUACGAUCGAGUUGUUAUUAUGGAUCUUAUUAAGAAUGUUGCUCAAACACAACAACUAGAUUCAUCUGGUCAGCGUGAAUUUAAAGUGGUGGUAUUAACAGAAGUUGAUUCGUUGAGCAAAGAUGCUCAACAUGCGUUACGUCGAACUAUGGAAAAGUAUAUUGCGAAUUGUCGCUUGAUUUUAAUUGGAAAUUCAACAUCACGAGUGAUUCCAGCUAUCAAGAGUCGUUGUUUAGGUAUACGAGUUCCAUCACCUUCCACGGAAGAAAUCGUUACCAUUUUACAGAAUAUAUGCAAAAAAGAAGGUUUAACUAUUCCUCAAAAAUUAGCCGAAAAUAUGGCAACGUUAUCAGAAAGAAAUUUACGUCGAGCAAUACUUUUAUGUGAAGCAGCCAAAGUUCAACAAUAUCCAUUUAAUCCCGAUCAAAAAUUAUCGCCACCCGAUUGGCAAUCUUUUAUCAAAUCAACAACCGAUAUGAUACUGUUAGAACAAUCACCGAAAAUGUUGUUUGAAGUUCGAUCGAAUUUAUACGAAUUAUUAACGCAUGGUAUUCCAGCUGAUAUUAUUUUUAAAGGAUUGUAUCAGAAUUUAGCAGCUGGCUGUGAUUUAACGUUGAAAGCUGAGCUUGCAAGUACAGCUGCACAAUAUGAAUAUCGAAUGCAACAAGGCAACAAACAUAUUUUCCAUUUAGAGGCAUUUGUUGCGAAAUUUAUGUCGAUGUAUAAGAAAUUUAUGGAUAAUACGAUGGCCAUGGGAGAUGAUUUUUGA